UAAAAAAGAAAUGACGAGUUAGGUUGUCCCUGUGCGCUUGCUCGGGACGAGAACGAGCGCGGUGUCAGUCGGUUACAAUUGCUGCAGUUUUCACCGGAGGCGGCAGCUUAGACUCAUUAUCCGGCGUCGUUCCGCCAUCACUUCAGUUCCUGUAUGGUUAACCACUCGCUGAUUCUACUCUACUGAAGAAGCCCAACCUCAGCCUCGCCACUUACGUUUCCCAGCGAGCGUUUUGGCUGUCUAUCUCUCUAAUGGCAGCCACAAACUCUUCCCCCUCUUUGGAAAUUCUAGUUAGAGAACCAGAGGGAUUCUCGGUAUGGAAUGGUCCACCAUUCAGCAACAAUCAACCCAAUGUAAAGCUUGAGAAAGUACCCUGCACUAGUGCAACUUUUAGCAGUGACGGGUCCACACUCAUGGUGAUUAAAUCAGACUGUGUAAUCAGCAUAUAUGAAUGCAGCAACCUCAAAGAAAUAAGAUCAUUUCAAGUCCCAGCCGUAGCUGCUGCAGCAUUGUCUCCAUGUGGGACUUAUCUCCAGACCUUUCAGAAAUCCUCAUCACCACAGGAAAAGAAUGUCGUCCUAUGGAAGAUAGAGACUGGUGAUCCUGUUUAUAAUCAGUUUCAAAAGAACAUGACAAAAGCCACAUGGCCUUCAAUCAGGUUUAGUGCUGAUGAGGCAGUUGCAUGUCGGCUGGUAACAAAUGAAGUUCAAUUUUUUGAUGGUAGAGAUUUCUCUAAAGGAAUUGUACGUCGGUUGAGAAUUCCAGGGGCGGCAUCAUUGGAGCUAUCUAAGACACCUGGUUCCUAUGUAGCGGCUUUUGUUCCAGAAUCUAAGGGGAGUCCAGGAAGUGUUCAGAUAUUUGCAUGUGAAAAUGACUUGCAGAGUCAACCUGUUGCAAGACGUAUCUUUUUCCGAUGCUCUAGCGUGCAACUGCAUUGGAAUCAUGGUUCUACCGGUGUCCUGGUGGUGGUGCAGUCUGAUGUUGAUAAAACCAAUCAAAGUUAUUAUGGAGAAUCGAAGCUAAACUACCUUACAACUGAUGGGACCCAUGAGGGACUUGUGCCUCUUCGUAAAGAGGGGCCUAUUCACGAUGUUCAAUGGUCUCAUUCUGGUUCAGAGUUUGCUGUUGUUUAUGGAUUUAUGCCUGCAAGUGCAACGAUCUUUGACAAGAAGUGCAAAUGUUUAUUUGAGCUUGGAAUGGGCCCGUACAAUACUGUUAGAUGGAAUCCAAGAGGGAAAUUUCUAUGUUUGGCGGGGUUUGGUAAUUUACCUGGUGAUAUGGCGUUUUGGGAUGUUAUAGAAAAGAAGAAGCUUGGAACAACUAAGGCUGAAUGCUCUGUAACAAGUGAAUGGUCUGCAGAUGGACGCUAUUUCAUGACUGCUACAACUGCUCCAAGACGUCAAGUUGACAAUGGGUAUGUCCAAUGUUUUCUUCAUACACCGAGGAUGGUGAGGAGGAGGUCUAUUUUGUUGGUUCAUAUUAUUAUAUUAUUAUGCUGGUCGAAGACACCAAAGUGCAAGGACAAGGAUCAACCUCCCAGAAACUCCUACCACCCUCCUGCUCAGAAACCUGAUGCCUAUCGCCCCCCACAUGCCAAAAACACAGCUGCCAUUCAGGCAGAGUUGUUUGGUGGGAGCUCUACUGGAGAAAUGAGUAAAAAUGCUCUGAUAAACAAGAAAAAGAGAGAGAAACAAAGGGAGAAGAAGGCUUCUGAAGCAGCUUCUGCUACUACCGAUGCCUCAUGAUCUGAUACAGGAUCUCGCUGUAACGGCCCUCAUUCAAUCAAAGCCAACACCUAAACAUGGAUAUUCGGAGGCAUUUGCAUGAACGCAUGGCCUGCAAUUGGCUGAGAAAGCUUUGUGAGGUUCAUUUUUGAGUCGGUUUUAGCUUUGCUUUUCUACAUCUUCACUUGCACAAACUCAUCCGGAUAGAAGCACAAAUUUCUCACUUCUGUUCGUGUUUUUAACUCACAUGAGAUACGUGGAUUAUCUGUUACAAAGCAUCGGCAUGUCAUGUUUUGCUUAAAUUAUUUAUCAUUUGUGAUUAAGAUUAUCACAAAACUCUUCUGUAACAUUCCACUGCCUUUUCAUGAAGCAGAUUUAUACUGAUUUACUUGGUAAAAGAAUGCAAAAGCGAUUGUAUUCGAAUUAUGGAUUAUCGGCA